AUGGGGCGAAUUACGAGCUCCGGAAUUUUUUUAGAAAAAUUGGAGACUGAUCCAUCCAAGUAUUUUCCUGAGCCCAGCUCAUCGCAUCUAUCAGAGGAAGUCCUAAAAAUUAAUUUGGAUCUCCCUAUGAGCCAGAUUUUGGCUGAACUCUCGAAGUAUCCUGUUCGGACUCGUCUCUCCUUGUCAGGGACUUUAGUCGUCGCCCGAGACAUUGCUCAUGCAAAAAUAAAGGAACGCCUUGAUUCAGGCCAGCCUUUACCCGAUUAUAUGCUCAAGCAUCCCGUCUAUUAUGCUGGGCCUGCGAAAACUCCCCCCGGGUAUGCAAGUGGUUCGUUUGGUCCGACCACCGCUGGCCGAAUGGACAGCUAUGUGCCUCAGUUCCAGCAAGCCGGUGGUAGUAAAGUUAUGCUAGCUAAAGGGAAUCGCUCUAAAAUAGUAAGUAUUCGCUCCUAA